GGGGUCUCGUAUCAGCGGGCCCUGGGCUGAUGGCUUUUAUGUUCAAGUCUUGUCCAUCUCUUAGGUCUCUUGUCUUUCCUCGCGCUCCCCUCACGCUUGACGUUGUUUGUGUUCCUCCAUACGUUCGUUACUCUAGUCCUUCGUUAGCCCUCGUUAUGCCAUCAUGAUUAAGAAAGGUUAUCGUCUUUCCUUUUCCCAUCUUAUCUUCUACAUUUCUACAUUCAUCAUCGCGACACAGCUAUGGGCCAUAUGGAGACAGUCGUCACACAGCUACUUCUCCCACGGACCAAGGAGUUGGGAGUUUGACGCAGAUGUACACGACAACGUACAUACACUCAGUCAUCAUCAGUGCGACGCUGCCUUUCCAAAGUUGUACCACAGCCUUGAUCAGGCAGUAAGUCGGCGUCAGGGAAGAAAGGUCCAUGGUCAAGACAUUGAAAUCUCCGAGGGGAGAUGCAUGCUACGCGUCAUGAUAUACCAUGGAGAGCUCUUCGUCGUCAGCUCUGGUAAGCCCGAAGAAUGCUACGUCACGAAUGGCAACGAGCGCGAACGCAUCCUCGGAACUCUUGCUCAGAUCGACCGCGCCCUUACAACCUCGCCAAUCUCCGACCCUUCGGUACCGAACAUCGAGUUCUCUCUUUCGCUCGACGAUCUUCCGCGACGCUCCAAAAGCAAAGGCACGUUUUUCGGCUAUACACGCAAAGAGGGCCGCGAAUACAACGAUAUCUGGAUGAUGCCAAACUAUGCUUAUUGGAGUUGGAACUACACUCAUGCACCAAGUUGGAACACCAUCCGGAGAGAAAUCGAGCAGAGGGAGACGCAACUGCCGUGGGCAAAGAAAGAUCCGAGGGUAGUUUGGCGAGGCAAGAUCAAAAUGGCAAAGUUGAGGAAAGAGCUUGUGCGAGUCAGCGAGGGGAAACCUUGGAGUGAUAUCAAACCCGUCGUCAUCAAUAACGCGUCUGAUCCGCAUACAAAAGAUGUCAUGAACCUUAGGGAGUUCUGUGGGUACAAGUACACCGUCCAGACCGAAGGCACUUCUUAUUCUGGCCGCUUGAAGUACCUGCAACUCUGCCGCUCUGCGCUUAUUACCCACCCACUGGAGUGGCAGGAGUUUCAUACCCAUCUAAUGCGCCUUGCCGGGCCAGACGUUAAUUACAUCGAAGCGUCGGAAAACUUUGGGAAUCUCGAGUCAGCAAUAGAGUACUAUCGUACUCAUGAUGACGAGGCGGAGCAAAUCGCAAAGAAUAGCUAUGAAACGUUCUCUCGGCGGUAUUUGACACCGGCUGCUGUUACAUGUUACUGGCGACGUCUCUUCUGGUCGUGGGCAUCUGUCCAAGGCUACGAACCCCAGCUAUAUGCCCCAGACAAAGAUGGCAACAUGGUAAUGCGUGCAACACCUUGGACGGCAUUCGCGGCGAAUUGGCCCACGGACCCUUCAAUAAUUCCAUGAACGAUCGAGGAUCGCGUUCAAGUGAAGGGAGGGCAAUGCAUUACGGGAGUACUAGGUUCGAUUCUGUUAUGAUACCCGGGUUCACACGAUGAAAGCUUAAUCAGAAAUAUUACUAUUAGCGCUCUGAUCACAGGGUUUCGAUUUAGAUUUCUGUUCGGCAAUUGUCAAUACGAAGAUGAUUUGUUCUCUUGGGAGUGCAUGAUGACCCACGGUCACGUAGAUCUAUAUCUGGGCAGGUCCGGCAACCCCAGACUGAGCAGCGAGCAUCGUGCAGUAAUACCCUUAUACCGCAAUAUCGAUUAAUGAAACCCAUACAAAGUAUUACAGCAGCUACCCCUCACCUAUACCACGAGUAGCUACCUGCUCGUCAAAGCACUUUAGGCAUUAUGCUACCUAAGUGCUAAACGAAAGCGAAUUUUCGACUUGCAUGUAACCUUGCACCAAUCGAUAUUGAUGAAUGGACAUAGG